UCUGUCUCCAUUGUAACCACAUCACCAUAUCCAAAACCAGUGACAUAUGUGAAGCUCAAGAGAUGGGCAAAGAAUAGCACACUUCUCAGAAAAAUGGCAGCCAGGUUGACUCUCUUCUCUCCCACCACAACAUUUCUAGGACCCUCAGGCCAAUCACCACUAUCUACUCUUUCUUUCACUUCCAUUUCACCAAAGAGGAGAGCAAACAGUUUCAAGAUUCAAGCAGAUUUGGGUGGUGGAGAUGCAGAAGCAAAUAAGGGAGGAAAGAAAAAGUUUAUAACUAGAGAACAAGAGCCAGAGCAGUACUGGCAAACAGCAGGAGAAAGGGAAGGAGAAAAUCCCAUGAUGACCCCUCUUCCUUACAUCAUCAUAUUUGGCAUGUCUACACCUUUUGUCAUCUUAGCCAUUGCUUUUGCUAAUGGUUGGAUUAAGGUGCCAGUUCGAUGAUCCACUGCCGCAUUUUUCUUCCCUACAAACCAUUGGUUGCAUACAACCAUGUGUCCACGCAUCUCUCCAGGGGAAGAUUUAUUCUUCACUGCCGUUGCAGCUUAUAGUGGAGCAGUAACUACACAUGAGCUUCUGAUAUUGUUUAGUUAAGUAUUACACCUUUCAAUUUUACCAUUUGAGUUCUUCUCAAAUACUUGCAGAGUUUCUUCCCUGAUAUAUUUAAUAUAUGUUAUGACUUCUGAGUUUCUCAUA